GGCAGCCGUCGGAUGAGGACGAGCAGGGCGCAAGUUUGAAUUCGCACCGUUCCCAGAAAGGAAGGCUCAGAGCGCUCCAUCGCAGAAACCAAGGGCGCACAGCGCCUCCCUUGGAGCUCCCCUGGCCCGAAGCUCCCUCCUGCUGCCACUUGGACACGCCUGGGAAUGGCUGCCGCCGCUGAGGGACUUCUCAUGUCAUCCCCUUGUUCCUAAAACUGGGAGCAGGCUUGAUUAGGUAGAAUUAGGGGUUCUUCCGCACAUUCCUCGCACAGCCUUCUAGGAGGCGAGAAGGACUUCAGGCUCCGCUCCAUCUGGCCUACUGCAAAAGUGGAUUCUGCACUUCUUCAUCGACCGGCCCACCCAAGUGGUUGUCGUCUUUUAAGCAAGCAACAACGAUAGGGUUCUUGACAAGGCAAGUGCUUUCUUGGUUAACGGGCGCUGUAGCUGCUGAGUUUUGAGCGUUUCUCUGCUGGAGGAGUUGCAAGAGGGUAAACGCGAGCAUACAGGCAGUUUCGUGCUUGAGGAUGUCCCAGCAGCCAGCACCCUAUGGGGCCGGCCAGUACCCGGGCGUUCCUCCGGGAGGCCAGUUGACCCCGGCGCAAUACCAGCAGCCGCCCCCCCCAGCAGGGAGCAUGUCGCCCCAGCAAGGAAUGGCAGCCGUCCCGCAACAGUCGCCCCAGCAGCAGCAGUACACGCAACAGCAGCAGUUCCAACAGUCCCAACUGCAGUUCCAGCAGACACAGGCACAGCACCGUGCUCAAUUGCAGCUCUUCUGGCAGCAGCAGAUGACUGAGAUUGAGCAAGUAACAGAAUUCAAGAAUGCUCAGCUGCCGUUUGCCAGGAUAAAAAAGAUCAUGAAGGCGGAUGAAGACGUUCGGAUGAUCAGCGCGGAGGCCCCGGUGCUGUUUGCCAAGGCGUGCGAGAUGUUCAUCCUGGAGCUGACGCUGCGCUCGUGGAUCCACACCGAGGAGAACAAGCGGCGCACGCUGCAGCGGAACGACAUUGCGGCGGCCAUCACCAAGACGGACAUCUUUGACUUCCUGGUGGACAUCGUGCCGCGCGACGACCUCAAGGAUCUGCCGCAGGAGGAGGGGCUGGCGCUGGCGCGGCCGCCUGUGGCGCUGCCUGGCCCAGGGGACCAGAUGCAGUACGGGGGGAUGUACGGCUACGCACAACCAGCCGCGUACGCACAGAAUCCGGCAUAUGUCGGCCGACCUGUUGACCCUGGCUACUACCAAGCCCCCCCGCAGGCCCGCGCUCCCGUCCAGUACAUGCCGCCGCAAGCAGCCCAGCCGCAGUACUGGCACCAGCAACCCCCCAUGGCGCAGCCACAGCAGAUAGGCGGGCCGCCGCCGGAUGGGGCAGUCCAACAAAGUUGACGUUUGGUAGGAAAAGUAUAAUGGUGAGCGGUGAUAUGAAACUUGUAAAAGUGGGGCUAACGUAGUAAGACCUCAUUUUCGGACCUCUUUGUACCGAUAUGCAGAUGAUCUACCAGAAGGUGCGAGAGCAUCCAUAAGACAGCAUAGGUUGGACAAAUAAGGCAAACUCCUCGGCUCUUCACAGGUUGAUCUGGAACGACAGUGAUCAUUUGUUGUCCAUAGCGUACCGCAAAACGAUGCACCCUGUUUUGGGCUCAGUGGCAAUGUUCGAAACUUUACCCUAUCAGUGAAAACACACAGGCUGCUUGAUACGCACAACUCAAGUACGCCACACCAUCAUAAUCGUGAGUAAAUGGUCGGGCAAGUGUUGCCCUUCAUCUCCGGCUGCUUUACACCAACAUCGCAACUCGUUCUGGUCCCAAUAUCAAAGAGACAUUUCCAGCAUUCAACGCUACAAAUGCGCUUACUAAGGUCAUAAGCAACUGUGACCAAGCUUGAGCUAGUGAAAAAGAGUCAGGACUCGGAUCAUCAUAAAACGGUGUUUUAUAUACUUAGUUCAAGGAUAGGAGUAUGAACAUCUGCCUUGCAAAUCGGAUUAGGGCUACGUGACGUGUUACGAGGAAAGCCUUCACUGGUUUGUGGAGCCG